AUGGCUGCAGGCGGGCAGGCGAUGCUGGCCCUCCUGGUGCUGCUGGCCACAGCCGUCCUCCCCAGUGGGUCCGUUGUCCUCAACAGCUGCAACAGCGUGGCUGAGCAGCUCUGCAACUUUGUCUGUGACUGCAGCGACUGCUCAGAUGAGAACCAGUGUGGGUACUUACGGGGCUCAGCAGUGCUGGGCACCCCCUUCACCUGUGACUUUGAGGACAGUGACUGUGGCUGGCAGGACGUGGGCACCUCGACAUAUGGAUGGGUGCGAGGCCGGGCCAGCCUGGCCAUGUGGGGUGUGGGGCCUCAUUCAGACCACACCAUGGGCACUGACCUGGGUUGGUUCUUGAUGACCAUGUUCCCCCCAGCAAAGACCAUGGCCACAGCCUGGCUCAGGUCACCAGAGAUGCGGGAAGCAGCUGCCACGUGUGAGAUCAGAGCCUGGUAUCACCUCUCAGGGAGCUGGCAGAACCAGACAGAGCAGCCGGUGCUGCGCCUGGCUGUGGCACACAAGGACGAGGUGGUGGGGCUGUGGCAGAGCCCCAGGCACUGCAGUGAGGGCUGGCACCAGCUGGUUGCCUACCCCGGCCGGAUCACGGAGCAGUUCCAGCUCAUCUUCUCCCUGACACAACCACCCACCUGCGGGGCAGAGGUGGCACUCGAUGACAUCAUGUUCAGGAACUGUGGCUUACCAGGGGUCGGGCAGCAGGUCUGCGGGGCUCAGGAGAGCCGCUGCCCCCGCGGCUCCUGCCUGCCACAGAGCCGGUUCUGCGACGGCACCUACGACUGCGGGGACGGCUCGGACGAGGGCGCGGCGCAGUGCAAGAACUUCACCCGCUGCUCCUUUGACCGCGAUCUCUGUGGCUGGGAGGCAGCAGCCGGGUCACCAGCGUGGGGCAGGAACACGAGCCUGAACCUGGGCACCUCCUAUGGCAUUCCCACUCGGGACCACAGCAACAGCAGCAGGGCUGGUUUUUUUCUCCAUGUGGGCAGCGGCCUCACUGCACGGGGUGGUGGCACAGCUCAGCUCAGCAGCCCCACUUUCCAAGCCACCAACUCCUGUUCUCUUGUGCUGUACUGCCACCUCCAUGGCUCAGCCACCAGCAACCUCAGCAUCUUCUACGUGACCAACUCUACCAAGCAUCUGAUGAGGGAAAGGACAGGAGACCUGGGCAGCUGCUGGGUCCGGGAGAGAGUGGACUUUAACGUGACAGAUCCCUUCAAGGUGCUGAUUGAGGGGGUGGCUGGCCGUGGGGGGACCGUGGCCAUCGAUGACCUGAUCCUGUCUCAGGGCUGUGUGAAGGAGCAGGAGAAGCCUCUGGUCAUGCUGCCACGCCAGGCAGAUGCCAGCCCCUGCGCAGCAGAUGAGGUGGCCUGUGACAAUGGGGACUGCAUUGCCGCAGAGCUGGCCUGCGACUUCGCUGCCACGUGCGCUGAUGGCUCCGACGAGAAGCACUGUGGGACAACAACUUUCGAGUCAGGGACUGGAGGCUGGCAUGACAUCAGCGUGGGGCGGCUGCGCUGGGGUCUGCAGAAGGUCCCUGAAUCUGACAUCUUCCUCACAGUGUUUCUGUGCCCAGGGACUUUCCUGGCCCUCCAGACAGGAGAAGGACAGAUGAUGGGUCCUGCGAAGGCACGAUCGCCUCCGCUGGGCCCCUCUGGCCCUGCCUGCACCGUGGAGAUGAGCUACCACAUCCACAGUGACCCCCAAGGCUUCCUCGCCAUCAGUGUCACAGAUCACACCACUGGCACCACCCAGCUGGCCUGGCAGGCACAAGGUCGUGGCAGCACAACUGGGGGUCAUGUCCGUGUCCCACUGGGAGAGAGAAGCCGGCCCUUCCAGGUGUUCUGGAUGCACAGGGACCAGCCUGGGGGGCUUUCAGUGGCAAGUGCCAGUGCUGCCAGGCACCCUGGGCAUGGCUGCUGCCCCCAGGUCGAGCUGCUGGCACUGGUGGAUCUCCAGAGCUCAGCGAGUGUCAGUGUUGACAACGUGACAUUCGAGCAGUGCUACCUCGAUGUGGUGUCACCCACAGCUGCAGAGCUGUCCUGCAACUUUGAGAGGGGCAUGUGUGGCUGGUACCAGGAUCUGUCCAGUGACUUCAAAUGGGUCCACAGCAUGGGGCAGGGACAGGGCUCUGACCACACCACUGGCUCAGGCUACUUCUUGUCCGUGGACCCCUCUGUGCCAUGGAGCCAUGGGCAGCGGGCCCAGCUCCUCACCUCCCGCCAGGAGCCAGCCACUGCCCCACGCUGUCUCUCCUUCUGGUAUCGCCUGGCUGGCCCACAAAUUGGUACCCUGAACCUUAAGCUGUGGCCAGAGGGAGGGGAGGAGGUGGUGCUGUGGACCCGCCGAGGAACCCAGGGCAGCAUCUGGCACCGGGCAUGGGCAACACUGCCUGCCACGGGCCAGCAGCGGUACCAGGUGGCUUUCGAGGUGCUGCGUGAUGGUUUCCUGGGGGACGUGGGGCUGGAUGAUAUCGCACAGACAGCGGGACCCUGUGGGGCCGAGCUCUCCUGCUCCUUCGAGGCCGAGGACUGUGGGCUGGCAGCCAGUGGAGAGGGCACCUGGCAGCGACAGAGCAACAGCACUGGCACCACCGCUGGCCCUGUGGCUGACCACACCACCGGCACUGCCACAGGCCAUUACAUGGUGGUGAACAUGGGCAGGAUCUUCCUGCCUGCAGGGCACGUGGCUACCCUCACCUCCCAGCCCUACCAGCCCUCCUUGUCUGCCCAGUGCCUGGCCUUCUGGUACCAGCUGAGCACUGGGACCCCAGGCUCCCUCGGGGUGUAUGUGGAGCAGAGCAGGGCGAGGAGGAAGGUUCUGAGCAUUAGCACCAUGGAAGGGGACAACUGGCACCGCGGCCACAUCACUGUCCAGCCCGAUGGCGACUGGCAGGUGGUGUUUGAGGCAGUGGGAGCUGGGGGUGACCAUGGAUACAUUGCACUGGACGACCUGCAUGUGUCGGAUGGAGCCUGCCCUGAACUAGCAUCCUGUGACUUCGAGCAGGACACUUGUGGCUGGAGCAGCCCCUCCAACCCCCGCUUGCACAGCUUUGCCUGGGGCUGGAAGAAUGGGAUCACCCUGGCCAAGUACCCCGGCCCUGAGCAGGAUCACACCCUGGGCACAAGGAAUGGUCACUACAUGCACUUCGACACCAGCGUGCUGGGUGCUGGGGGCACCAGUGCCCUGCUGGAGAGCCCACCUUUGCCCGUGGCCACCGAUUCCUGCCUGCGCUUCUGGUACCACAUGGACAUCCCAGAGCACCUUUGCAGUGGGGAGCUGCGGGUGACACUGCAGGGCGCCGCGGGGCAGCGCACGGUGUGGAGCGUGGCAGGGCACCGCAGCCGGGGCUGGCAGGGUGCCGUGGUGCCGGUGCAGAGCCCCAGUGAGUUCCAGAUCAGCUUUGAGAUCACCACAUGGAGGUGGCCGAUGGAGGGGACAGUGGCACUGGAUGACAUCGUGUACAGCGCCAGGGUGGGCUGCCAUUCCAGCCCAGAGAGUCCAGUGGAAGAGAAACCCCCCGGCAGUUUUGUGACAGAGGUGGUGCUCAGUCUGCUCCUAGCCCUCGUCAUCGUGGCGCUUGUGGCUCUUGGGGGCUGGUACUGGCUGAAACAGCGAGAGCUGGCGAGCAAGACACCGACAGAGAGCACCAGGCCCCAGGGCUUCGACAACAUCACCUUCCGAGAUGACAAGGUUAUUAUAUCUCCAAGGGAGGAGGAUGAGUCUUGAAAUUAGCAGCCAGCAGCAGGAA